UGGGUGGAGGCUGCCGGACCAGGAGGGGAGAAGGAAGCCUGGAGCGCGAUGGCCAAGACCACCCACUACGUCGCAGCCUCCCAGGGAGACCCUCCUGCCAAAGCGGUACCCAACGGCACCUCGGCCUCCCCCCGUCCGCCUCCCGAGGAAUCCAUGCAGCUGAAGAAGGAGAUUUCCCUCCUGAACGGCGUCUGCUUGAUCGUGGGCAACAUGAUCGGCUCGGGCAUCUUCGUCUCCCCAAAGGGGGUCUUGAUGUACAGUGACUCCUACGGCCUCUCCCUCGUCGUCUGGGCCGUGGGGGGCCUCUUCUCCGUCUUCGGGGCCCUCUGCUACGCCGAGCUGGGCACCACCAUCAAAAAGUCGGGGGCCAGCUACGCCUACAUCCUCGAGGCCUUCGGGGAGCUGCCGGCCUUCAUCCGCCUCUGGACGUCCCUCCUCAUCAUCGAGCCCACCAGCCAGGCCGUCAUCGCCAUCACCUUUGCCAACUACCUGGUGCAGCCCGUCUUCCCGUCCUGCGAGGCCCCGUACGUGGCCGGCCGCCUCUUGGCCGCUGCCUGUAUCUGCUUGCUGACGUUUGUGAACUGCGCCUAUGUGAAGUGGGGCACCCGGGUGCAGGACCUGUCCACCUACGCCAAAGUGCUGGCCCUCAUAGCCGUGAUCAUCGCCGGCAUCGUCUGCAUCGGACAAGGUACUCCGUCUUCACCCUGGAACUUGCCCCUGUCCAUCGGCAUCUCCAUGCCGAUCGUCACAGUGAUCUACAUCAUGACCAAUGUGGCGUAUUACUCGGUGCUGAGCAAAACGGACAUACUGGCCAGCGAUGCUGUGGCUGUGACCUUUGCCGACCAAGUGUUCGGAGUGAUGAAUUGGACCAUUCCGUUGGCUGUAGCGUUGUCCUGCUUUGGAGGCCUCAAUGCCUCCAUUUUAGCAGCCUCCAGGCUGUUUUUUGUCGGUUCCCGCGAGGGACACCUGCCCGAUGCCAUCUGCAUGAUCCACGUCAAGCGGUUCACGCCUGUCCCGGCCCUUCUCUUUAACGGGGCCAUGGCUUUGAUCUACCUCUGCGUCGAGGACAUCUUCAAGCUGAUCAACUACUACAGUUUCAGCUACUGGUUCUUCGUGGGCCUCUCGAUCGCAGGUCAGCUCUACCUGCGCUGGAAGGAGCCGUCGAAGGAACGGCCACUCAAGCUGAGCAUCAUCUUCCCGGUGGUCUUCUGCCUCUGCACCAUCUUCCUGGUUGCCGUCCCCCUCUACACCGACCCCGUCAAUUCCGCCAUUGGGAUCGCCAUCGCCGCGUCCGGGCUGCCUUUCUACUUCCUAGUGGUGCGGGUCCCCGAGCGCAAGAGGCCGGAGUGUCUUCGGCGGGCUGUCGCCUCCGUGACGCGGCUGAUCCAAAUCCUGUGUUCGUCUGUCCUGACGGAGAUGGACCCCGACACGACAGCCAAGUCUCUGAUGGAGGGGCUUGCCGUGGGGGGGGGGCUCUCCUCCCCGCCCUCUCCUUUGAUGACGGACUCUUUCCUGUCCUCUAAUUUAUUGUUUGCUACGUCGCUGGACUGGGGGGAUGGAUAG